GAACUAAAAGCAUCAACAUGCGUCAUUAUAUGUAAUAAAUAACAAACAGCAAGGUCAACUGCCGUAAAAAUGCGGAGACGUUGUGUUUAUGAAUUAUUAAUAUAACAGAAAACCUGAAAAUCUACCGCAACCUUAAAGCUUGCGGUAUAUUUAUUUAUUCCGCUCCGAUAAGACGUAGUCAUCGUAACGGAAAGAGGAAAGUCCCAUAGGUAUCGGCGAAGGCGAGCACUGAAGAGCAGCGACCCAGCAAUGUUUGCACGAUGAAGCUGAAGCUGAGAUUUAUGGGAAACGUGUUAAAUACGCCAGGUGCCGGCUUUGCGUUUCAGGAGGGAUCGCAGCUCCGAUCGGUGAGAUAAUGAGCAUCUGCCCUCUUUGAGGAGCUUGAUCCGAAGGCGUGGUCCCACUUCACGCGUUUGUACGGAUCUCCAUCCAGCCUCCACCCGAACGAGCAAACGUUGGACGACUGGAGAUGAAGGUUAAAGUGCAAGUCUCAAAGCUUAAGUACGUAUUACCACAGAGCGGACUUUGCUUUGAAAACCAUGUGAGGACUGAGGAACACGAAACAGCUGAUGGUGCUGUUAUUCCUGCCUCAGGAAACCCCCUCUGACUGUGGAUGGUGAUCUGAGGCCAGCCGGCUGCGUGCCCGUCUGCGCCGGCUGCGUGCCCGUCUGCGCCGGCUGCGUGCCCGUCUCUUCCCUCUUUUCACCGGAGUGCAAAAUGGAUGCUGUAUCUGAGGCAAAGAGCAACCUGCAUAUUCAGAUGGAUGGCCAGCUUUCUGCUUUAAGCUCCCCAAGCAGCGCAGAGUCUAGGAGCCACCGGGAGGAGGAGCAGGAGGCGAGGAGGAUACUGACGUCACAGUCCGACAGUGGCCACUGUGUGGGGGUGGCAUGGAACGGGUCCCACGUAGCAUCUUUGGCUAAUGAAACAGAGCACAGAGACGGCAUCAAGGCAGGACAGGGGAAGGUGAAGGGAGAUGGGAGCUAUCAGGGCGAGAGCGUCGAGGGUGCAGGUCCACGGGGCUGCGUGGACGAGGGCGACUCUUCCGUGUUUACAGGACGAGAGGUCAUGCCACUGGUUAUACUGUCAAAGGCUGCAUGGAAUCCCAGUGGCAGUGGGAAGGAGCAGCCCUUUGAGAAGGUGCUCAUGAAGUCACAAACAGCGAAGCCAGAGACUGAUACUUCCCUGGGUCAACUCCCACACAAGGACAUGGUGGUCCCGGUCCGGCUGCCAGAAAUGGAACCCAAACUGACGCAAUUGGCCUCUAAAUCAAAGACGACCCAAGGUAAGAGAGCUGAGGCUGCUGGCGGCAGGCCAGGCCAGGCUGAUCCUGCGAGCAGCGAUGGCCCGACUGAGCCUGUUCAGAACGCACAUCAAGCACAGAUCUGCACAGAGAGCCGAACAAGGGAGGCAGCUGAAAGCUCCUCAGGAGAACAUCAGCGUGAAGGAUGGAGAUCAAGGAUAGAGCAGGGUGGAGAGAGGACAGGAGCGACGGGAGGCAGAGGAAACUGGCCACUCCAAAUGGAGCAAGCCAGCACCAGCACUGAGGUAAUGCCUUCACCUGAGGACCACACAGAGACUCCCAAAGACAGCAAGAGUCCCUCACAUGAGUCACACAGGAGGGGCACCACACAUGAAAGCCAACAGAGUCCGAAUCCUCCUGCAGAAGCGUCUCAAAAUCCUCAGCCUCCCUCAGCAAAAAAGCAAGGGGCAUUGCAAGACCAGAACCUGCAGUUUAAGGACGCCGCAACCAUGACAACCAACACAGAGUGGGGUCCGCCCCCCAAGAGCAAAUGCCAGGACGCAGAGGUGCAGACCACAGCUGAUGUCUGCAGCAGGUCCACAGCCACAAGCCCGCUUCUCUUCCCGGCUCCUGUGUGUCAACACUCCUGUCGACUGGAGGAAGAGGACGCGGAGAUCCUCGCUGUCCUCAGUCCACUGAACUGUGGGACGUUCCAGGCAGCGUGCGGUGAAGAUCUUUCCAGCAGGAGUGGACGCGUCAGUGCGACGGACCCCCAGAUGUUUGCCCGGUGUCAGGUUCACGUUGACCCUACACAUCUUCCUGACCACCAGAGAAUAAACCAGAUGCUGGAGAAGGUGCGACUGGAGCCAGGGCAGAGCCAGAGCGCGCAGGUCAGCACGUUCUAUACAGCAACUUCCGGACCGAACUGUGGAAUGGAGUCGGGAACAGACACAGGAAGGCCGCCCCUCCGCUCUGGCUUUGCACCUUUACAGCCAGUCUAUCAGAUAAAUAUACAGCCUAACAGGGUUCCUGAAAUCGGGGUCUGUGGGAAGGACUCACCGCCAACGACUCCACCACCUCGUCAGCCCACGUCAGAGCACAGCAACGGGAACCACGUGGCGAAUUUACGAGGAGGUUCUGCUCCUGUGUGUUUACCACCCCAGGAGCCACCUGUCCCGCGAGACAGGAAGGAAGGAAGCGGGUCAAAAAAAACAAAAUUACAAUUUGUUCUGGAAAAUGACCAGACCGUGGUGUCAAAAAACACUAAGAAUACAGAGCAUGGGGCAGAUCCCCAUGACAGGGCUUUCGGGCUGGACCACGACCAGGAGACAGCACUGAGCAAGCCGGGAGCGUUAAACCACCCCCCCAGGAGUCUGGAGGAGGAGGAGGAGGAGCAGGGGGAACAGGGGAGCUCAGCUCGGAAGCAGAGCGAGUGUGAGCCCGUGCAGGAUGUGGUGUGGGACGAGCAGGGCAUGACGUGGGAGGUGUACGGGGCCUCUCUGGACCCGGAGUCCCUGGGAUUCGCCAUUCAGAGCCACCUGCAGUCCAAGAUCAGGGAGCAGGAGAGGAAGGUGAGGGCGAUCCGGAAGUCCAUCUGCUCGGAGAGCUCGCAGGGCAAGAGGGGCGGGAGGAAGUCACGCAAUGUCUUCCGGGUCAUGCUGGAAAGUGUCCGCCGCCCUGCCUGCUGUGGUCGCCCGCGCUCUUCGGCGGCUCUGGACUGAAGGCCGGCCUCGUGGCUGCCCCGCCUCCUUACUGUGUCACAGGUGAAGGCCCUGCCCACUUCACUCCCCCGCUAUGGACGAAUCACACACCUCAGCAGCCCCCCACCAAAACCACAUCGUCAGUCGAGGCUAGAAAAUGAAACCGCCGUGGGUUAAAAUCUGUGUUGUGGUCAGUUUACGAUAUGCAAGAGUUUAAACAGUAUUUAAACUGCAAUAAGACGAGUGUUCUGCAUGCUUGUGCGUGCGUGUGCACGUGCGCGUGCGCGUGCAUAUGUGCUUCCAUGUUCCUUGGCCAGGGCAGUACCACACACUGUUGGCAGUGCCCUCAGAUCUUCUGAAAACGCGGGCAGCUGGACUCCAUGCAGCAUUGAUGCCGGGGGCUUCGCUUCCUGCUAAACCCUCCGUCAGAGUUCACGUUUAUUUACCACCCGUUUACAGUGUUGUUCCCACAGGUUAGCUGAACUGAGCCGUUACAUUAGUGCUGAUUUCUUGUCACUGUCUGGUUACUGUCUACGUUCAUGACAAUUAAACAUCCCUUUUCUGCAUACAGUUUUCAUGAAUGGUUUAUAUUUGAUAUUUGGUGGAUUUGUGUGCAUCUCUGACAUCCAGGCUCUAGGCACCUACACUGAAAGCUGUCUGACAUGGUUCCUGUAUUUUUUGACUGUAGUUUAAAGUAUAUACUUGAAAGAAGGUCUUUAGUUUCUGGAAUAAUGCGGAACACAAGUAAUCAUUUGUUCGUACACAAGAAAGUUAUAGCCUUAAAAUGUUUUUCUGCAGUGAUAAGCUCUGGUCUGUAGUGCUUCCACUAGUGACAAUCAGAAUGCUGGCUUAUUGUUAAACUUUCGCAAGAACAAUAUUCCAUGUACUGUCAGUGACCCUAAUAAAUGCAGUGGUAAUUUUA